CUCUACCCUUCUCUUCUAACCUCAUAUUCUCAUCUCCUCCCUCCUUCUCACUAAAACCACCUCUUUUUCUCUCCAGACUAGACUAGACCAUGAUCAAACCCAAGCCACCUCUUGUUUUAUCUAUCCUCACCAUCAUUUUCUCAAUUAUCACCACCAGUACCAUCUCUACCACCACACCACAACCACUAUCUCUUCUUCAUCACAGGAAACUAACCCAAGAAACAAAAACAACCAUUACAGAUUCAUGCAGCAAAACUCAAUAUCCAACACUUUGUAUCAACACAUUACUAACUCACCCAUCUGACUCGGUACUCAACAACAUCAACAGACCCAGUGGACUCAGUCUGGUUCAAAUCUCAGUGAAUGAGACGCUGAAUAGAGUUGGGAAAGCACUAUACAGUGCUUCAACUAUAUCUAAUGUUGAUAUGGAUACACGUGUACGGUCAGCAUAUGAAGAUUGCUUGGAAUUAUUGGACGAUUCUAUGGAUCAACUCUCACUUUCUCUAAACUCAGUCGGUUCAUCAUCACCGUCUAACAAACAUACUUUGGAUGAUGUGAUGACGUGGUUGAGUUCAGCAUUGACUAACCAUGACACCUGCACGGAGGGUUUCGAAGAUGUGAAAGUCGGGUACGUGAAAGAUCACAUGCAAGAACAGUUGAAAGAUUUAUCGCAAUUGGUCAGUAAUUGUUUGGCUUUAUUUGCUGUUUCCUCAAAAAAGCCAUCGGAAAAAUCAUCCAGUGGUGGUGGUGAUUUUGAUGGCAUUCCUAUUGAAAACGGGAGUCCGAAAAAAGGUUUUCCGGCGAAGAAGAAUAGUUUGCCGGGAUGGGUUAAACGUCGAGAGCGACACUUAUUAGAUAUGCCAGUGACAUCCAUGCAACCGGAUAUAAUAGUUUCGAAAGAUGGGAACGGAACGCAUAAAACGAUUGCCGCGGCAAUUAAAGCAGCUCCGCAACUUAGUAACAAACGUACCAUAAUUUACAUCAAAGCAGGAAGGUAUGAGGAGAGUAAUUUGAAAGUAGGAAGAAAAAAGAUCAACUUGAUGUUUAUAGGAGAUGGGAAGGGUAAAACAGUGAUCACAGGAGGCCAAAGUGUUGCUGACAACUUAACGACAUUUCAUACAGCGUCAUUUGCUGCAACCGGUACCGGAUUUAUUGCGCGUGACAUAACGUUCGAGAAUUACGCAGGCCCUGCUAAGCAUCAAGCAGUAGCCUUAAGAGUAGGAGCGGAUCAUGCAGUUGUAUAUCGUUGCAACAUCAUAGGCUACCAAGACAGUUUAUACGUACACUCAAAUCGCCAAUUCUUUCGAGAAUGCGACAUAUACGGAACUGUUGAUUUUAUAUUUGGCAAUGCAGCAGUAGUAAUUCAAAACUGUAGCCUUUAUGGUCGUAAACCGAUGGCUCAGCAGAAAAUUACUGUUACUGCUCAAAAUCGGAAAGACCCGAAUCAAAACACAGGUAUAUCGAUCCAUAACUCUAGGAUACUUGCUGCGUCAGAUCUUCAACCAUCGAAGAAUUCCUUUCAAACAUUUCUUGGACGGCCAUGGAAAAUGUAUUCGAGAACUGUCUAUAUGCUUUCCUACAUGGGUGAUCAUAUCCAUCCUCGCGGAUGGCUCGAAUGGAACGGUGAAUUUGCACUUGAUACAUUGUAUUACGGGGAAUAUUUGAAUUAUGGACCAGGUGGUGCGGUCGGCCAACGGGUCAAAUGGCCGGGAUAUCGUGUAAUGACAUCAGCAGAAGAAGCUGGGAAGUUUACUGUAAGUCAGUUUAUAUUUGGAUCCUCUUGGUUACCUUCAACUGGGGUUUCUUUUGUUGCAGGAUUAUCAGUUUAAGUUGUAACUACAUAUAUGAGAUCAUCUAAGGUAUAUAGUAAAUGUUUAUAGAUGGAUAAGAUUGUAUGUGGUCAAAAACAGUCAGUGCAUAAUUCCAUUUUACACCUGUGUUUUACAUUAAUUAAUUUAGUUGUUUUAAGGUUGGGAUUUGACAAAAUCAUAAGAUUUUUGUACAUCUUGAUGUAUUAGGCAAAAGCAAAUAUUAAUGAUACGAAAAGAAACUUCUUUCUUUGUCUUUCAA